UCUUCAUAUUCAAAAGGAAUUCAAAAAAGGUUAGAUAAAACUACUUUUCACCGAGCUGGGUGCCCACAUACAGUUCAGGGACUGUUGGUUCUGGUGAAAACAACGUUGGGCAGACUCACAGAGGCGUGGGAGUGGCUAACAGCAGUGUUAGGUUUUAAAUCCACACGUGGUCUGGGUCUUGGGCUUGUUUUGCACUGCAUACACACAACUGGAAACUUCUGACCAACUCAUGCCAGCGAGUUGCCCACGUCUAUCAGUGCGGGGGCAAGAUCGGACGAUAACCUUUGAAGCAAAAUGCCAUCUUUCCCCCUCAACCAGUUUGCUGACCUGGAAGAGAUGAUGUGCAAGCAGUUACUGAAUCUUGACUUGAGGGAGCAAAACGGACCACUACCACCCCUCAGUCUGGCAAUGACAACACCGGGGUGCAUUGGUCAGCCACGGAGCAACAUAUCGUUUUCCCUCUCGUCUCUCCCGUGCCUUCCCACUGAUCCUUCAGAGAGUGUAUUUCUGACCUCCAGCCAGUGGGGGCAGCAGUCACAAAGCCCUCUGCCCUCCCAGCUCGCCAAUUCCACCCAGUGGGGAAAGUCUGGCUUCCUUGCCCAGCGCUCCAUCAGCAUGGUAGAGACGAGCAGCACCACAGCAACGAGUCUUGACUGGCCCGGGACUGACAUUACGCAAUCCCAAAGUGACAUCAGUCACACUGCACUGAACACCAGCUCCUCCUCUUCCACCUCAUCCCUUUCCUCUUCUCGCUAUAAGACUGAGCUCUGUCGAUCCUUCAAUGAGAGUGGCCUGUGCAAGUAUGGCGGAAAGUGCCAGUUUGCUCACGGGCUAGAUGAGCUGCGUGAUCUUAACAGACAUCCAAAAUACAAAACUGAGCCGUGUCGUACGUUUCACACCAUCGGCUUCUGCCCCUACGGCAUGCGCUGCCACUUUGUCCACAACAAUGAAGAAGAGAAGAAACACUCCUUCUCUCGCUCCUCCUCAUCAUCCUCUUCCUCAAGCAUUCCCCAGCAGCCACCUUCCUCCUUCCGCUUGCACAGACCUCCUCUUGUCCGACAGAGCUUCAGCUUUGCUGGGUUUCCCUCUGCUCCGCAGCAAGCCCUCCAGCCUGCCCGUAAUGCUUACCCUCCUCCUGCCGCUGCUUCUUUCACCUGCUCUCCAUCGGCAUCUCCUCCUUCCUGCACUGACAUUACUGACCUCCUUUCUCAUGCCUUCCUGGAGAUGGACUCUGCCUUUGAGGCGUCCCCUGCCCACCAGUUCCAGCCCCCCAUGGGCCAGGCCACCGCAUUGGAUCCCCGGUCUCCAUUCCUGCCUUCCCCAGACUCUGGCUGUUACCCAUGUGGGCUGUCUCCGACUGCCUCCCCUUCCCUGAGGCAGAGUCCCAGUGCUAAUGUGGCCUUUUCCGGGCCACUUGGUGCCCGAUCCCUGUCCUACACCUCUCUGUCCGACCAGGACCAGGAUGGAAGCAGUUCUGCUAGCUCGCUCAGUGGCUCUGAAUCCUGCGGUGGCAGUAAUGAAGUCAAUGGCAAACGCCUGGCGGUAUUCAGUCAGCUCUCUGUUCCAGAAGAUGCUACUGGGUUCUGCAUUUAGGCUGCAGUGUGCCGUGGACACAUACGUACGUACAUAUUUGCAUACAUUCAGACACAAACAUACAGACCCAAGAUACUCUGAAACACAAUAUAUGCAGUACACACACAUCCACAAUUUAGCACACGCAGUGCUUACACACUAGAGCCCUAUAAAUGCACACAUAUCCUCACACACAGCCACUGGACGGACAGCUCAGACGUUCUUCGCACCUGUGUGGCAUCAAAGGAAAGAGACUUGUUGACCGACGUAGAACGCACAGAGAGAUUUGCCUAUUAGAUUUACGUGGUUAAAAUGUCACUGUCCUAUGCGUAAGGGAAGCCACAGUGAUGCUGUAACUGAAACGUGUGUUGCCACUAAAACAGUACAUAUUAGGAUCGAAGGUAAAUGGCGCUAAAUUAAUUGAUGUUUUACCAAAAUAGUACGUUGAGAUGGAAAAUUACAACGAAGAUAUAUCAAUCACAGUGUGAUGGCCUCAGUGUUUCAUGCUGAGUCCAACCACGGCAUUUAUAUUUAUACACUUUACCAAGAUCUUAAGAAUGUGACAAAGCCAAAGACCUCUUUGUAGCUCAAACGUUUUGAUUAUGCUGGUACAAACACACAAUGUUUAGAAAUUGUUGAUUUUUUUUUUUUUUUCAAUUAACUGUACACAGUAUUGUGUUUUAUAAGCUGGUGAAACUGUUUUUUCCUCUUAACUCCACAGUCAGAGGUUAUGUUUAGAUCACUGGGCUCGAACCUGAAUGUUACGUUUUUAAACAACCGAAGUGCCUGUUGCAUUAUUUACCAAGUCAUGUGUUGAAACAGUAUUUGUGGGUUUGUUAGGAGAGAUGUGUGGAGGGGUGCAAGUCUUUUUAUUUAGUCGAGUAAGCUAAUGUUGGUGAGUUCAGGUCUCUUUUGUUAAGAUGACUAAAAGUGUUCUUCUGUCCCUCAUGCAUUAUUGACAAACCGCCACCAAUAAAACGCCUAAUGACCAAAUUGAACCGGCCUUACAGGAGGAGGAAGGAGGACUUAACAGAAAGGCCAGUGGCCUUAUCAUACUUUUCCUUUUAAUCAAACUUUCUCAAAUCAUAUGGUCAUGGCAUAUUGUUAACUGUAUUACUUGCCAACUGGAAAAGCAGGACAUGGUAAUUGUCUAGGCUUUAAUAUGUGAAGUGUGUCAGCACAAUUGGCAAUGCAGAAAAUCCAUCAAGAUCUGAUCUGAACUUGGUUUGAGUUGCAAGGCACUUGGUGUAAAAGGAAAGUUUAAUCGAGUCGUGAAUGUUUCAGUCAAGUCCUGUUUUACCUCUGGCAUUUAUCUUAAAAUACUUUGUGGUGCUAAUGUGUAUUUUAGAUUAUCUUGAACACAGACAUUCCCAGAAGUGUUUUUUUUUUUUUCUCCUCCCUUGUCCAAAGGCAGCACUGAUGUUACAUUUUUGAUGAAUAUGCUUGUUUUUGUGACUCACCCAACCAUUUUUGAUCUCUCCAUCAGUAUUAAUUCUUCCUGUUAUGGCUUUGUACUGUUAUGAAUGUGUAGCGUUCCUGGUCUCAUGCGUGUGAACUGUGCACCCAGAUCUGUUGCCUUACUGAGCGAGAUCCAGCAUAUUGUAGGGUUAAGGUAUGUAUGUUAAAGAAAUGUUACUUGGCUGUUUUGUGUGUUUCUGACAUAGUUAGUUAGAAGAACAGACACUGUGCUGUUACUAGUCUAUUUAAAAUUACCUUUUCAUCAACAUGUUUAAGGCCUGUUUAGUGUUAAAGGUGAUAAUCUUUAGUAAAUUAAUUUCUUUAAUUUAUUUUAACGUAUUUAUAGAGGACUUUGACUUGGUAAUGCUUGUAUCAAGUUUAAUAUAUUUGGUUUCUUUUUUGUACUGGAAAUAAAGUUUUUGAUUUU